UCUGCCCCGCCCCAGAAGCAGCGGGCUUGGUCAGGUGUUCCGAGAACCAACAACGGGCGUAAACUUUUCCCUUGGAACAUUAAUCGUAUUUCAUUUUACAGUCAAACAUAAAUCGAUAUCGAGCAUGCUUAGACGGAUACUUCAAAUGACUCCUGGGAAAGGAGGCUCCCAGAACUCUGAGUCAGACCAGCCCAGUGCAGACCUCAACAAUGACCAGACCUCCGAGGGAUUCAUCUGUCCCCAGUGCAUGAAGUCCCACAACUCCGCAGAGGAGCUGUUUAAGCACUAUGAACUGUACCACGAUUCAGGAGACCAGCCCCCCAGCAUGGGCCCUGGCCGGGAAGACUUUAUUCUUCUCCGGCAAGAGUUGCAAGAAAUGCAGACCUCGCUCAAGGAGGAGCGAUGGUUCUCUGGCGAGCUGAAGAAGGAGCUGGACAAAGUGCAAGGACACCUGAAGCAAGGUCAACAUAAUGACGUCCAGGCAGGCUCAGAGGAUUCUGCCCUGGCGGUUAAGCUGAACCAGGCGGAGACGGAGAAGUUCAACAUCAAGCAGAUGAAAGACCUGUUUGAGCAGAAGGCUGCCCAGCUGGCCACAGAGAUAGUGGACAUCAAGUCUCGUUAUGAUGAGGAAAAGAGCCUGAGGGAGGCUGCAGACCAGAGGCUGGCCAACCUGAUCCAGGAGCUGCAGAGAGAGAGGCAGGACAAGGACCGGCUACACACAGAACUGCUGCAGCGGCCGGGAGUUGAGGACAUGGAGGUACUGCAGAAGGAGCUGAUCCAGGUGCAGACAUUGAUGGACAACAUGACACGCGAGAGGGAGGAGGAGUCGGCACGCCUCAAGAGCCAAUAUGAGCAGCUGCAGGCUGACCACACCACCUCAGAGAUGACCAUCUCUCAGCUGAAGGCAGAGCUAGAGAAGGGACCUCAGGAGGCAGCAGUGUACACCCAGCAGAUCCACCAACUACAGAGCUCUCUGAACAACCUGCAGCAACAGAGCCAGAUGCUUUCAGAAACGCUUGGGCGCAGGGAGAAGGAGUUCCAGGAGCUGGAGGACUGCCUGGGGGCUGAGCAGGCCUCCAAGAAGACAGCCCAGGACAGUCUGCACCAGACGGAGAUGGAGGUGCAAGAGCUCCAGGCCCGGGUGGCAGGGGCUGAAGCCAGCCUGCAGAGAGCCCAAGCAGAUCUGGGGGAGGAGGCUGGCAGGCUCCGGAGGGAGGUGGCUGAGCUGGAGGCCAAGCAUGGGGAGGUGAAGGCGGAGAGGAAGCAGCUGCAACAGCAGAGGGAGGAGAGGGAGAGCCAGGGCCUGGUGCAGCAGAGUGAGAUCAACCAGCUGCAUGCUAAGCUCCUGGAGGCGGAGCGUCAGCUGGGGGAGGUGCAGGGCCGUCUGAAGGAGCAGAGGCAGCUCUCUGGGGAGAAACUGAAGGACCGUGAGCAGCAAACCGCCGACCUGCAGAUCAAACUGUCCCGCUCAGAGGAACAGUUGAAGGAGAACAGCAGUAAGAUGUUGGAUGUGCAGCACCAGCUGGAGAAAGCUAAGCAGCAACACCAGGAGCUUCAGGGCCUGCAGCAGAACACCAACACCAAGCUCAGAGAGGCACAGAAUGACCUGGAGCAGGUGCUGCGUCAGAUCGGGGACAAGGACCAGAAGAUCCAGAACCUGGAGGCCCUGCUGCAGAAGACAAAGGACAGCGUGAGCCAGCUGGAGGCUGAGAGGGAGGACCUGGUGGCCAAGAUCCAGGCUGGGGAGGGAGAGACGGCCGUGCUCAACCAGCUGCAGGAGAAGAACCACACUCUACAGACGCAGGUCACACACUUGACAGACAAGCUGAAGAACCAAUCAGAGAGCCACAAGCAGGCUCAGGACAACCUCCACAAGCAGGUGCAGGAGCAGAAGAGCCUCCUCCGUGCGGCCCAGGACCGAGCCCAGACUGUGGAGACCUCUCUAGGGGAACUGAAUGCCCAGCUGACAGAGAGUAGGGAGAAGGUGGCCCAACUGGACACACAGUUGAAGUCUAAGACGGAGAUGCUGCUGUCGGCUGAGGCAGCCAAGGCAGCCCAGAGAGUAGACCUGGAGAACCACCUGGAGACAGCCCAGCAUGCACUGCAGGACAAGCAGCAGGAGCUGAAUAAGAGCCAGGCAUGUGUAGAGGAGCAGGGCCGGAGGCUGCAAGAGAGACAUGAGCAGUGUGGCCAGCUGGAGGCCAGUUUGAAGGAGGUCAAAGACAAACUACUGACCUCAGAACAGUGCAUAGAGCAACUGGGGGGACGGGCCAAGAAAGCGGAGGUGGAGGGGGUGGAGCUGAGGGCGGCCAGGGAGCAGACUCAGCAGGAAGUGCAGAAGCUCCAGAAGCAGGGGUCAGAGGUCAAGGGAAAACUGAAGGAGCUGGGUCGCCUAUUAGAGACUGAGAAGGCCGGGGCUGCUGUGUUACAGGAGGAGCUGAAGAGAAAGACUGACUCCCUGAGCGACACGCGGCAGCAGCUGGAGCGCUGUGAGCAGGAGAAGACCUCCCUCCAGGCCAGCCUGGACAAGCUAGCCCAGGAGGGGCAGGUGCGGCAGGCCGAGCUGGACAGAAAAGCCCAGGGUUUGGCUGGAGACCUCCAGAAGGCCAUGCAGGAGAAGGAGGCCCAGGUGAAAGAGCUGGCAGCAGCCAACAAUGGUCUGGCUAAAGCCUCCAAGGCCCUGAAGGAGAGCCAGAGCCAAUUGGACAAGGAGAGGAGGAGCAGCAAGAUAGUCUUGGAGGAGAAGGAGAAGUCCCAUGAGAUGGCCAGACAGGAGCUGCUGAAUGCCACAAAGGCCACCACCAAGGAGAUGGCAGAGGUCAAAGGGCAGCUGGAGAAUAUCAGAGAGGCAGAGAAAGGGUUGAAGAUGCAGCUGACUGUAUUAACAGAGCAGCACACCGAGACCCAGGAGGCCCUGAAAGAGAAGGAGAAGGGGGUGCAGAAACUGCAGACACAGCUGAAGACAGCCCAGGGGUCCUUCAACCAGGAAAAUAAGAAACUGGAGAGCCAAGUGAGCGAGCUGCAAGCAGCACAUGCCAGGAAGGCUGAGGAGGAGGGUCGUCUGAAGGAGCAGGUGUCAGGCCUGGGCCAGGAGCUGAGUUCUGAGAGGACCAGAACAACUGAGCUGCAGAAGGCCCUAGAGCAGAGUCAGGAGGGUCUGGCCAAGAUGCAGUCUGACUACUACGGCAAGGAGUCAGAGGUGUCAUCUCUCAGACAGGACCUCGCGGCGUCUGAGGAGAGGCUGACCCUGUCCCAGGAGGAGUUGGCUGCUAACCGGACCCAGCUGACUGGUCUGGAGGGGCAGGUCCAGGAAGUGGAGGCUGCCCGGACCUCCCUGAAGCAGGAGCUUGCCAAACGGGACCAGAGGCUGGGCCAGCAGGAGACAGCCCUCAAAGAGCUGCAGAAAAAUCAGGGUGUGACCCAGGAGGAGCUGCAGAAGGAGAGGCGCAGAGUGAAGGAGCUGAACCAGACUAAGGCUGCCCUAGAGAAGGACACAACCAGACUGGGUUCUGAGCUGAAGGCACUCAGGGAGAGGAGUGAGAAGGAGUUGAAGGAGCUUGGGGAGGCCAAGCAGUUGUUGAUCCAGCAGAAGCUGGAGGUGCAGGGCCAUGUGGAGGAGGUGCAGGCAGCCCUGGAGCAGGAGAAAACCCUGCACCAGGUCACCAGGGACAGUGUUACCCAGAGAGAGGAGAAGUCUCGGGUGGAGGUCCAGGAGGUCCAGGCCCAGUUGGCGUCAGAACGUAAAGUCCGGGAGGAACAGGCGAAGCGGGGAGAGGAGGCAGAGGCACGGCUGGGCCUGCAGGUGACUGCGCUCAACGAGAAUGUGGCCACGCUGAAGAGGGAGUGGCAGGGCAGCCAGCAGCGCUGUGGCGAACUGGAGAAGCAGACUGAUGAACUGCGGGGUGAGAUCGCUGUGCUCGAGGCCACCGUGCAGAACAACCAGGACGAGAGGCGCGCGCUUCUGGAGAGGUGUGUGAAGGGUGAGGGGGAGAUGGAGAAACUGCAGUCCAAAGUGGUGGAGAUGCGUAGAAAACUGGAUGAUACAACCGCUGCCAUGCAGGAGCUGGGCAGAGAAAACCAGUCACUACAGAUAAAGCAGUCACAGUCUCUUACCAGGAAGUGGGCGGAGGACCAUGAGGUACAGAACUGCAUGGCCUGUGGGAAGGGCUUCUCUCUCGCCAUCAGGAAACACCACUGCAGACACUGUGGCAACAUCUUCUGUGCAGAGUGCUCUGCCAAGAACGCUCUCACACCCUCCUCCAAGAAGCCUGUGCGGGUGUGUGAGACGUGCUUCGAAGAUCUCCAGGGUUGACACCUCUCUCUCUCGGCCUACCUGGCCCCGCCAGUGACAGCAUGUCUCAUCGUUUCCUACGUGACCAUUCUUACAAACGGACUCAGAAAUCAACACCUGUCUCUCUGACUUCAUGGACCAUUGGAACCAAUCAGACCUACUGUGCUGAUUGGAUGAGAGUGCAGAAGAAGGGGCCACAGUCACUGAAUGGGCCAGGGCCAGUGGUCUUAGUAAGGGGGGUAGUUGGGGUCUCGGUGUCACACAAGAUGGGAAUAUGAUGGAAGAAGCACAGCAGACAAGCCAGAGCUAUGGGAUGGGAUGGGCCAAAUCUGUAUAGUGCCUUUGCCACUUAUGAGGCCGGCUGGUUGGUCAGAGAGUGGUAACGGAGAGAGCUCAACAGCACUAUCCAUCUUUACUCUACAUGUCUAGCUUGGAUGGCGGCCAUCUUGGUUUGGCAUCGUUAGCAUCUUUUAACGUUUAGGAAGACGAGGGGGUUGACUGUAAGUAUACGUUGGGUCUAGAAGGGUUGUGAAGGCAGGUGGAAGAAAGGGGUUAAAUACCGAACAGGUUAAGUUGUUUUAACAAAAGGAUAUAGAGUUACGUUAAAGGGUUGAAAGCAGUGGUUCUGUUUGUUUUGGGAUAAGUAUUUUGUUAAUGACCAAAGAAUGUCCAUCUGGAGUAGUCCAAAUGUCCUGAGAUGGUAGGAUAUUAGGCAAAAUGGAAAGCUUGGAUUUUUCUUUACCUUAAUUUAAUCUCAAUGACUUUUUAAAUCUAGCUGAAAGCUUUGAGUUUUUUACUUUUAAAGUCCUACAUUUUUAUCAUAAAUUCAGACAUGCUUGAACAUGGCUGGCAUUUAUAAUGUACAUCAGAUUUUUUUUUGCAAUGCUGCUCAUUUUUCUACUAAACGUAAUGAAGACUUUGUUUUGCACCGUCGUUGAUCUCUUGCAAACAACUGCUUGUGGUGGUGAUUUUUGUCAUUGAUUGCAAACGUGAUGUGGUCCACGUGGUUGUGUGGUGGUUUCUGUCGUCUGUAUCCCAUUCAACAUCAUGACUACUUACUGCAGGAGCUGUGUAUGCUCUGCUUUGAAGCAAUAACUGUUUGUGUGUGUGUGUGUGCGUGCGUGUGUGUGGUGUUUUAGGAAUGAUGUGUGUGUGUGUAGGGUGGCAGUGUUGUCUGUCUAUACAGCACCUCUACAGUGGUUUAAACUUUGGUCCGUGGACCACCAGGGUACUGUGUUAUUUCAUUUUUAUUCUAUAUUUCUUUCUAUAAUAAUAGUUGGGAGUAUUAAAGGGGGACUUGAACCUCCUGAUUUAGCCUCGGUUUCAGUUCUCCUCAUAAGGAAAUGUAACUGUGAAUAAGAUUUGUGUCUUGGAGGCGUGCUUUGAUGUGUCUCGUGUGUGUGUGUGUCCGAACGUGGGAAGCCUUUGUACUUUCACUAUGCCUAAACCGUACACACUUAUAGUCACUCACCCUUCUAGAUUACUUGAAACAGUCAAACCAGGUCUUAUGGCCUAGACUAGCUAGCAAGCUAGCCAACUUCUUAGCCAAUUAGCUUCAGCCGGCCGGUGUGCAACCAUGGAAAAGUUGGUUUGACUUUGGAUGGACCGUCAAUAAAUUACACAAUGUAAAUGGGACAAUAUUUUCAUGUUGCACUUCUUUUAGUUGUCUCAUUAAAAGCUUUCAAUAUUUUUGUAUAUGAAUUUCUAGAAUUUUUAAUUGGUUUUAGGUUCAUUGAAAUGUAGAAAUAUUUACUUUUUAUUUUAUUUUUUACAUUGUUCCAUGUACAUUGUGCAAUUUACUGAUUCGCGGAUGGUGGGCCUCGAGCUUUUGGCGGUUAUUUAGUGGUCCCCGAAACGGAGAUGGUUGGGAACCGCUGCUCUAUAGUAUGCAUGGUGGCUGUUAAAACCAUCGCUCUACAACACUUGGACGUGUCAAUGUUGAUUUACGCUAACUGCAAACUCUUUACCACCAGUCAAAUAGAACUGAUAACACUGUAAAAAAUGUCAUCCUCAUUCAAGUAUUCUUAUUUUCUUUAUGACAAGCUCUUAAUACUGAUUGAACUGCUCCUGCAUUGUCUGGUCAAUCUGCAGUAUAUGAUUGUAUUAACAUUUUGUGAGUGACUUGUUUGUGUGGAGUGGUUAGCUGUCUGGGUUCUGGUUUGCUGUCCGGCUAGCAAUCUGCCUGUGUCCGGCGAGCUGAACAUCCUUUACUCUCUCUACAGUCCUUCCUCCAGAGAAUAUAUAUGCCAUUUAGCAGACACUUUUCCAAAGCAACUUAACCAUUUGUACACAUAUUUUACGUAUAUGGGUGGCCCUGGGAAUCGAACCCACUGCCCUGGCGUUACAAGCGACAUGCUCUACUAACUGAGCUACAAAGGACCACCCAGAAGGUCAUCCUUAAACACAUGGCUUUGUACCAGGUCACUUUGAUCAAGUAGUCUCAUGUGUUAUAGUAGCCAUCUCUGCAUUACAUUGGUUUGGUAUCGUCUACCUCAGAUUGACACAGGCAUAUAAAUAGUACUAUGGUUAACCUGAAAGAUCACGAAAGUAUUCAUUCUCUGCUGGCCUGUCUAUACAGAUCAAGUUCCCCAGCUUGCGAUGGGUGUCGUUACUAAGGCCAAGAGUUUGGCGGUUUAGGCUUCACCGCUUUUAUCCUACUCUGGGUUAAGAGCCCACACAUCAGAUAGUGUCUGAGUCCCAACCUCUCUCUCUCAGUGCCAUGGUGUCACUCCGUGAGGAAGACACAAGUAUUGCCCCACUAUCUAUCACCCCAUUCUACCCCUACAGUUGAGCGAUAGUCACCAACCCUGGUUCUGGAGAGAGCUACAAGGUGUGCAGGCUUUUGUUCCAGCCCAGCGCUAGCACCUGUUCAUAUCAAUUUCUCAUUAAGACAUUCAUUAGUUGAAACUGUUAUUUCAGUGCUCGGCUGAAACAAAUGCCCCCCCUGUAGGGUUUACCAUCUUACUGUAUGACAUUAUCACACACUAAUACCUGGCUGUUGUAUUAUCUUUGUAAAAUUGUAAUUUUCUUAUGGAUGAAAAUGAAGGAGAGAAAUUAUGUUAAAAAAACACUUGUAAUGUAAAAGAAAAAUCCAUAAUUGUCUUACUGAAUUCAUUUUAGUGAAUGGUACUACUACACUAAUCUGUGUCUUGUUUCACGUGGAUGUCGGUCAUCGUCAUGCAUGAUGUAUCGAUUGGCUUUAUAGUGCACAUUCUUCUUUCUCCACUUUGGAGGAUACCAUGGUCCUGUUCAUAUACUUUAGGAAUGUCUUUACUCAUUUCCUUCAGGUAAGCACAGAACUGUAAGUGGAUGGAUAGGUGAAAAGGGUUAUGACCCUUUCACUUCCACCUAUCCAACCAAUUGAGAUCUUGUGACUACUUCAAGGAAGGUAGGAAGGAUGCAUUUCUGGAGUAUUGUAACAGAGGCCCAUAUGUAGUGGUUGUGCCUUAAGUCAACGUCUUGUUUGUCAGGCUCUCUGUCACAGUGACAGUCGGGAACCCUGUGUUCUCUAAGAACACUGCCACCACAGACUACAGUUGCGGUCGGAAGUUUACAUUCACCUUAGCCAAAUACAUUUAAACUUAGUUUUUUUUCACAUUUCCUGACAUUUAAUCCUAUUUACAAUUCCCUGUCUUAAGUCAGUUGGGAUCACCACUUUAUUUUAAGAAUGUGAAAUGUCAGAAUAAUAGUAGAGAUUUAUUUCAGCGUUUUAUUUCUUUCAUCACAUUCUCAGUGGGUCAGAAGUUUACAUACACUCAAUUAGUAUUUGGUAGCAUUGCCUUUAAAUUGUUUAUCUUCGGUCAAACGUUUCAGGUAGCCUUCCACAAGCUUCCCACAAUAAGUUGGGUGAAUUUUGGCCCAUUCCUCCUGACAAAGCUGGUGUAACUGAGUCAGGUUUGUAGGCCUCCUUGCUCGUACACGCUUUUCCAAUUCUACCCACAAUUUUUAGACAGAAUUUAGGUCAGGGCUUUGUGAUGGCCACUCCAAUACCUUGACUUUGUUGUCCUUAAGCCAUUUUGCCACAACUUUGGAAGUGUGCUUGGGGUCAUUGUCCAUUUGGAAGACCCAUUUGCGACCAAGCUUUAACUUCCUGACUGAUGUCGCUUCAAUAUAUCCACAUCAUUUUCCUGCCUCAUGAUGCCAUCUAUUUUGUGAAGUGCACCAGUCCCUCCUGCAGAAAAGCAUCCCCACAAUAUGAUGCUGCCACCCCUGUGCUUCACGAUUGGGAUGGUGUUCUUCGGCUUGCAAGCCUCCCCCUUUUUCCUCCAAACAUAAUGAUGGUCAUUAUGGCCAAACAGUUCUAUUUUUGUUUCAUCAGACCAGAGGACAUUUCUCCAAAAAGUACGAUCUUGGUCCCCAUGUGCAGUUGCAAACUGUAGUCUGGCUUUUUUAUGGCGGGUUUGGAGCAGUGGCUUCUUCCUUGCUGAACGGCCUUUCAGGUUAUGUGGAUAUAGAUACUUUUGUACCCGUUUCCUCCAGCAUCUUCACAAGGUCCUUUGCUGUUGUUCUGGGAUUGAUUUGCACUUUUCCCACCAAAGUACGUUAAUUUAGGAGACAGAAUGCGUCUCCUUCCUGAGAGGUAUGAUGGCUGCGUGGUCCCAUGGUGUUUAUACUUGCGUACUAUUGUUUGUACAGAUGAACGUGGUACCUUCAGGCGUUUGGAAAUUGCUCCCAAGGAUGAACCAGACUUGUGGAUUUCUACAGUUUUUUUUCUGAGAGUUUGGCUGAUUUCUUUUGAUAUUCCCAUGAUGUCAAGCAAAGAGGCACUGAGUUUGAAGGUAGGCCUUGAAAUACAUCCACAGGUACACCUCCAAUUGACUCAAAUUAUGUCAAUUAGCCUAUCAGAAGCUUCUAAAGCCAUGACACCAUUUUCUGGAAUUUUCCAAGCUGUUUAAAGGCACAGUCAACUUAGUGUAUGUAAACUUCUGUCCCAGUGAAUUAUAAGUGAAAUAAUCUGUAAACAAUUGUUGGGAAAAUGACUUGUGUCAUGCACAAAGUAGAUGUCCUAACCGACUUGCCAAAACUAUAGUUUGUUAACAAGAAAUGUGUGGAGUGGUUGAAAAAGGAGUUUUACUGACUCCAACCUAAGUGUAUGUAAACUUCCCACUUGAACUGUACCCGACCUGGAAAGAGGAACAUGUGUGUGUGAUGAAGGAAAGAAAGAAUCAUGAUAUUUUAUGUCCAAGAUUUACCAUUUAUUGUAUAAAAAAAAGAAUCCAUCAUGAUUAAGAGUAAAUAAAACAAGUUGUUUCUAUUUUC